AUGCUGGCUUCCACUGUCCGAACGGCCUUGCGCACGAGCGCGCCGCGUGCGACUCUGCCCUCGACACGCUCGCUUUCGACGUCGCUGCCGCGCCUGUCGGCCGCGGCCGCCAAGGAGUACCAGAACAUCCUCGUGUCGUCGCCAGCCAAGGGUGUCACGCUCAUCACGCUCAACCGACCCAAGGCGCUCAACGCGCUCAACUCUGCACUCUUCCACGAGCUCAACGAGGCGACCGAGAUUGCGGACAACAACCCAGAGGUGGGCGCGAUCGUCCUCACCGGCUCCGAAAAGGCGUUUGCUGCCGGCGCCGACAUCAAGGAGAUGAAGGACAAGCAGUACGCUGAUGCAUACAAGACCAACUUCCUCGGCCACUGGACCAAGCUCACCACGGUGCGCAAGCCCAUCAUUGCCGCGGUGUCCGGAUUCGCGCUCGGCGGCGGCUGCGAGCUUGCCAUGAUGUGCGACAUCAUCCUCGCCUCGCCCACGGCCAACUUUGGCCAGCCCGAGAUCAACCUCGGUGUAAUCCCCGGAGCCGGCGGCACGCAGAGGCUGACCAAGGCGGUCGGCAAGUCGACGGCGAUGGAGAUGGUGCUGACGGGCCGCAACUUUUCCGCCGACGACGCCGAGAGGCGCGGCCUGAUCUCGCGCGUGGUGCGCGAGGGCAGCGUGGUGGACGAGGCGGUCAAGGUGGCCUCGACCAUUGCCAAGAAGGGCCAGAUCGCCGUUCAGGCCGCCAAGGAGGGCGUCAAUGCAUCCUUCGAGCUUUCGCUGCAAGAAGGCACUCGCUUCGAGCGACGCCUCUUCCAGAGCCUCUUCGCCACCAAGGACCAGAAGGAAGGCAUGGCGGCCUUUGCCGAGAAGCGCAAGGCCAGCUUUACGCACGAGUAA